AUGGUCAAAGCAAAAAAACUCCCACAGGAGCCCAUGCGUGCUUCAAUUUUUCUUGCCAAGCUGUGGCAAUCAACAGACUCAAGGCUGAGGGGAGACCUCAUUGCCUUAAAUCUUGCUCCUUUGGAAGCAACUGUGGUUCUUUGGGACACUCAUGUUGAAAGUUAUUAAGAAACAAGCAAAUUAGCCAAAAAACCCAAUGGAGCUAAAUAAAUGUUUGCCUAGCACUGUGACUGCAGCAAUAGGCAGGAGGUCUAUGAACAGGUAGACAAGGUUGGGAAAGAAGUCAGGAAUGUUACUGUUCUAAUCAACAGUGCUGGCAUAAGGGUUGGGAAAAAGUUCUGUGACAUUCCAGAUGCAGAUUUUGAAAAGACCUUAAGAGUCAACUCCCUCUCUCAAGUCUGGACUUGCAAGGCCUUUCUUCCAGCUUUAAUGACCUGUAACAAUGGACACCUGAACAGCACACUCAGUGCAGCAGGAUUGUUGGGAGCCUACAGAGUGUCAGAUAAAAACCACUUUCUUCUUCUUCUUUAUGUUGCAGAGUAUGUAGUCAGCAGGAUCAUGUAUGCCAUUCAAAAGGAAAAGUUUUAUCUAGACAUGCCUCUGACUUUACAUUUUCCUGCUUUAGAAAUAUUUGUUCCUAGAAAACUGGCACUACUUUUCAAAUCUUGCCUCAAGAUCCCCAAGAGCUUGGAUAAUGCACUCAGUAGGAACUAA